UGAAGCAAAGUCAACAAAGAGCUAGGAGGCAGGCAGGAAAAGGAGCGCGACUGGAAUCUGAGAGAGAAAAAAAGAGGAGGCCCCCGUCAUGUUUGACAGCCAGCGCUCAAGCACUGAAAGGAGAAGACACCAAAAAGUGCCUAUCAGUUUCUAACAUGCUGACAGCCAGAGGAGCCCCGCCAUCGUCCAGGAUGGAUCCUCGCAGCUGAGGAAGCUUCUCACUCGGACCUAAUUUCUUCCUCUGCGCCUACACCACAAGAUGUCGGUCAAGCUGCGAUUUGACUCACCCUCAGAUGGAAAUCCAAUCCAGCGGAGUCGCUCCUUCACAGGGUUUGGAUCUCUGACGGGACGGCGCCAUCCUUCUGCUCGUAAUUCUCUGCGCUCUAAAGUGUUGUCUGAAAGAAAAAUUCCACGAGCCGCUUUGUCUCCCAGAAGAGGAUUCGGAUCCGUUUGGUCCCUGCAGCCAGAGGAUGUGGAUCGCAUCUUCCAGGCGCUACGUAAAGGCCUCAGGGAGCAUGUGCAGCGCCACCAGACGGAGAUGGAUUUCCUGUCAACACGCCAGAGAGAAACCAAAAGGAACUCUCGACUGGGCUUCCAGUAUGACCUGGAGAAGGAGAUCCGAGCCCAGGAGAGGUUCAUUCGAAAGCUGGAGUUUCAAAUCAGCAAGGUAGACGAGCUGUACGAGAACUAUUGCGUCCAGUGGCGCCUCUGCCAAGGAGCCGUCAACAUGAAAAGAGCCUUCGCCCUUGCGCCCUCCACGAGGCAGUCCAGGGAGAGCCUACUGGAACUGGGACGCAACCACAGGCACAGCGCGCAGGACAUGUCAACCAUGGAGGGAGAGCUGGAGGUCCUCCUGGGAGAACUUCACGUCAAGAUGAAAGGUCUCAUAGGCUUUGCCCGGCUGUGUCCAGGAGACCAAUAUGAGGUUACGAUACAGUUGGGCCGUCAGCGAUGGAGGAUUCGCGGCCGGAUCCAAGGUGAUGACGUCCAGUCCUGGGACGAGGAGGAGAUGCUAUUCCUACCGCAUAUCAACCACAACUUUGAGAUUAAGGUUUCAGAGGCCAAGGGUCUCGGCUGGCAGCUGGUGGGCACGGUGACCUGCGCCAGCGCACACUUCUUUGUGGCCACUCCCCAGCUCAUGGUGGUGGACAUCACACAACUGGGGACCAUCAAGCUACAGCUGGAGGUGACCUGGAAUCCUUUGGACGGCGGUGAAAAGGCGGGACUUUUGUCCAGCGCGCGACAACCAGGAUGGAGCAGGAAGACCUCGGUCCAAAGUUGGACCGCACCCAGUACGCCGUCCUUCUCCGAGAAGUAUUUCCAGUCCAUGAUGAGGGAGCUGCAGGAAGGAGGAGGCGGAGCUUCGGUCCCGCUCCGGGUGUCCAGGAGUGGGCGGGACAGGGGAGUGUCCUUAAUGAGCUACCUGUCCUACUCGUCCAUCGCGUCCAGUCAAUCGCAGGCCAAGACGCCACCAAGCGUCAGCAGCAGCGUGACAGGCAGUCACACCCAUCUUUCCCUCGGGGAGGAUGACGAGGAACAAGUGAUUAUGAGGAGGAGAAGGAGGCGGCUUGGUAAGGAACACGAAGAGGAGGAGGCGGCGUGGGGAGGACUGUUCUCUGAUCCUUCUCCUCUCCUGGAUGCUCACAGGUCCAGUACCCCCGACAUCCUCAAAGACAACCCAGCAGGAAGUCCCGUGGAGAACCAAGUCUCCCUUGAUGGCGAGGAAUUUAAAGACGCCACCCCGGAGUCGCCAGCUCCGGAGUCCCCAGCUCCGGAGUCCCCAGCUCCGGAGUCCCCAGCUCCAGGGUCCCCAGCUCCAGGGUCCCCAGCUCCAGGGUCCCCAGCUCCGGAGUCCCCAGCUCCGGAGUCCCCAGCUUCAAGGUCCCCCUCUCCAGACUCCCCCACCACAGAGUCCCAGGCACCUGCACCCCCGAGCCCGUACGCCGAAGCAGGACGGUCAGGGCCUGGGGGCAGUGAGCGACGAGCACAGGCCCAGCGACUGGGGGCACUGCUGGCCGAACUGGAAAGAAACUUCCAGAAGCGGAGCAGUUGCGAGGGCCCGUUAAGGAUCCUGGAGCAGCGGAUUCAACAUCUCAGUACCAUACUGAGGAACGACCUGUCCAUGAUGAGACGCUCGUCAUCAAAUGACACCUUGGCCGUGGAGGAGGUUCUCUGCAGCUUUGACUUCCUGUCACAUGAUGACAACAGUUCCUGUUUCGGAGACGCGACUUCUCCGAGGAGCGCCGACCCUCUCCAGCCUGACGACCAAUCUGCCGUGGAGGAGGAGGAGCCACCGGUCACCCCGCUGACUUGUGGGAACUGGGGCCUGGACCGGGCCCUGGAGGCACACCUGGACUCGUGCUGCAUCUUACUGGAGAUGUUGCCCAGGAUCGAUUUCGCUUUAGCUCGUGCGGAUGUUCUUGAGGACGUUUCUCAACAAGCUGGUGUCCUGAAUACAAUCAGCUGCUUACUGCUAGAGAACAAGGACAACGUCUCCACUGAAGAACUAUUCCCCGAGGAUCAGAAGAGUCCAGAGGUUUUGUCAUUCUGGGCUGACUGCGUGAGAGAUGCUGCUUCUUCUCCAUUCUGCUGCAACUCAGACAACUUUAUCAACGCACUCAGGCGGCGUUACUCGCACAAAAUCAAAGUCAAAACAAAAGCCAAGCAACCAGGACUCCCAGAAAAAGUGUUCCUGAGGCUUCUGCAGCAGGUGCAGGCGGCCAGCAGGGCGGCGCUGUGGCCCCCUCAGCCUCCGUGCGCCCCAGACCGCGUCAGCUUCUUCCAGCUGUGCGUCUACCUAAAACGCUGCCGCGUCCUGACCCCGGGCGAUCACGUGGCGCGCCUUGCCAAAGAAGAGCGCUUCCUGUCGGCACUGACGGGUCCGGAGCGCAAAGGGGCACUAAGCAAGUUGACGUCUCGGGGCGCCGCCCGACUCCUGCCGCUGGGCUGCACGCUGCGAACGUUGGCGGCCCUCCAGGCGGACCCGGACUUGAAAGUGUGCCGGGCGGCAGCCCGUUGCCUAAAAAGGGCAGGCGCCUGUGCCGCCUUCCGAGCCAAGGCACUUGUUUACUACACAGAGAGUUUGCGGAGCACAGACGUGGCCACGCAGCGGAACUCCUGCUUGGCACUCAAAUGUUUGGCGGCCACAGAGAGUUUGGACCACAUGGUGGAACUACGCAGAUGUCCAGAUGAAGAUGUUCGAAAUGCUGCCAAGGAGGCCGUCCUAUCUUUCGGCAAAAAAGGUCAUGCGGCUUUCCUGAAGUUGGAGCAGUUGGACUUGGAGAUACAGGAGGACUUUUUCCAAAACUUGGAGACAGAGAUCACUUUUCUAUGAGGAUAACUUGUUUGUUUGCGUCUUGAUAACCGAUGUACAAGUUUUGAUAUAUAUUUAAAACAAAAUAAAAUCAAUUUAAAAAAAAAAAAAGUUUUGCUGUUGAUAUGGUCACCUGUUACUAGGCAGACUUGACCACACAUGAAGCAGUCUUUAAAGGGAAAAUUCAGAAUUGUUUACAUUAGGCUUAAUCUUCAAGUUAACAGGGGUUUAAUUAGUCAGUGGAGUUGAUUUCAACAAAUUCCGUGCAGUUAUUUGUUUCAGGGCUCCGAAGUGGCUAAGCUAGCACGAGUCAACGAGCCUGUCCUCGCAUGCCAAUAAAAAAACAUGCAUGAAAAUCACAGAUGACCCAUGAAAUCUAUACAUUUGGCUAUGUUUUCAGGAUGGGAGAAAUUGAAAAUUAUCUGACAGAAUUGCAGGGGUGCCAAUACUUUUGGUCAGCACUAUUAAGAAUAAUCUACCGUAAUUACAAAUAAACAUAUUUUCUCAAGUUAGAAAAUAUUCUGCUCACAUCAUCUAUACUGUGGACAUAUUUAGCCCAUUGAUGUCUGAAUUUUAAUUUAACAAAUCAUUUUUAAAAAUUGGUGGAAUAAAUAAGUGCAUGACGAUAGCAUUUAAAAAAAAAUAGAAAAUUGGACUGGGGAAAAAUAAAAAUAAAAAGAUAAACAAAUUUCAAUAAUAAAAAAAGGAGGCAUUAAUAAAUGGAUCCAUGGUUUUCAGUCCCUGCUAGUUGAAAUGGAUUGGAAAUCUUUUUAGAAUUUGUAAUUUUGAUCAAUUUUCUACAUUUUUCAUUUUAGAAAAAAAUAUUUUAAAGGGUAAUUUAAAUUAAGGAUAUUCCAUUAAUUGUGCUGUAUUUAUCAAUUCACGGUAACUUUUUUUUUUAAUCAAUACUAUUUUCACAUACUUAUGGAUUCACCUUGUUUUUGAAAUAUAAUUGAACAAAUUCAGGCAUCACAGGGUUAAAGCAGUUUGAUAUUUUCAACAUUGACUAAAAAUAUGAAUUCCACAGCUAGCAUGCUCAUCCAAUAACACUCCCCCCACCCCCAAAAAAAAAAAAAAAAUACACACAAAAACA